AUGGCCACCGCAUACAGAUCUGCAUACCAGGAGGACUCUGACGCCGACGAUGAGUACGAGCGCAGCGUCAUAACCUCGCCCACCCUGCCACCCGACCACGAGCUUAGCCCAACCGACUCCGGGCCGCCGUCUGCAGAGCACACCCCCACCACUUUCACUCACUCGGCGGACAGCUAUGCGAGCCCCAAGGGUAUCAUAAACACCUGGACCCCGGAGCAGGUUGCCGAUUGGAUAUCGAACCUGGGGCUGAGCCAGUACGCCAUGACAUUCUUGGAGGAGAAUGUGGAUGGCGAAGCGCUUGUUAUGUUGCACCAUGCGGAAUUGAAGGAGAUGGGCAUUAACAGCGUCGGCCACCGUCUCACCGUUUUGAAAAGCGUUUACGAUGUGAAGGUCAAACAAAACGUGCCCAUAGAACCUGACGACUACAUUCCUCUCUCUGCCGAGACCACCGCCCAGGAGACAGCACCUACACAGGACGACUUCGCGCGCAUUAUACAAAUUAUUAGAGACCGUGAUGAGAGGAUGCACACGGCCGAAGCCGAGCUGCGGGCAUUGAAGGAGGAUCUUAGCCGCAUGGCGGAGGAGAAUAGGAAGCUGCGCGAGGAUGUACUUCCAGUGGUGCGCGAAGCUAAGAACCGAUCACAACCACUACCAACACCGGACGGCCAAGAGCAUAACCAUAUCACCUCUCCACCGACGCAAGAACGCGCAGGCAGCAGUCUCUCGCGCAAGUUCUCGACGAAGAAGUUAUUUUUGGGGUCGGCGCCCAAAAACCCGUCUCCAACGAUCCACGAAGGUCGCACCUUGACCGACACCUCGAACCUCGAUCCCUCGGCUGCGGCAAUGGCCGCAUCGAACCAUCUAACAGCUACUAUAAGCGGCGGCCCUCAAUCUGCAUCAUCGCCUCAUCAGCAUCCCCAGCCUUCGCCUACGUCUCCCGCAUACAGCACACAUCAAAUCUCAUCACGGUCUCGCUCUCACACCAACGACGAACGCAGCUCGGCUUAUUACGACCGCGAAAGCGCCCGCGGCGCCACACCUGCGCCUUCGCAUCGUGGUGACCGCGACAGGGACCGUGAUCGGGAUCCUCCGUUGUCCGCCGGCCGCAAUGCCGAAACCGCAUCGAUCGCUCCCUCGACAACAGGCACCACAAGAGGAGGCGAGUCAUCGAAUCCGCAAGUCGAAAUAUUCAAGUCCUUCCGCGUCAGCAUCGACGACCCGUGUCACAAGGUGCUUCCCGUUGCGCUCAAGAAAUACAACAUCACGGCAGAUUGGCGGCAGUAUGCGUUGUACAUUGUACAUGGCGAUCAGGAGCGUUGUUUGGGACUGAACGAGCGACCGCUCAUAUUAUUUAAACAGUUGGACCGGGAGGGCCGGAAGCCGAUGUUCAUGCUGAGAAAACACGCUGCGCCGGUAGAAGGACACAGCAGCACGAUCAACCCAGGUGGCGGAGGCACUUAUCCCGGCCAGAGCGGGCAGACGCUGGUUCCUGGAGGUGUACUGUGA